AUGCAGUUCGCACUCCUUCUCGCUUUGACCGUGGCCGUCGCUACCUUGGCUCAAGACCAAAUUGUCCCACCCCAAGUCGCUGGGGGCGUCCCGGUAGCCCAAUUCGGCAAGCACCGUUAUGUGGCUGGGCUCAAGGAGUCGCCCAAUGGCACGACUGAAUGCGGUGGCAGUCUGAUCGCCCCCAAUGUCGUUUUGACAGCGGCGCAUUGUUUGCGUCUAACUAAUGCUGUGGUUGUGGGCACACACUAUUUAACCGGUUUUGCCGACGGGGAACUGGCCAAUGUCACCCAGAAAAUCAGACACCCCAAUGGACUCAUCGACGUGGGUAUCCUAAUCUUGGACCGCAACAUCACGACCAUCCAACCUGUGGCGGUGUCGUUUGAAUACCUUCCGGCGGACGUGCCCACUUGGGUACGCGGCUGGGGAAUCACGAGUCGUGGCUCGAAAUCGCCAGUGCUCAAAGAGCUCAACGUCGUGACCUGGGACCGGGAAAGGACUUUUGAUGCGGUGUUCCCCAAUUUACUGUUGGAUACGGAGUUCGGUGCUCGAGGGGAGAGCCGAGAAAACACUUGUAACGGAGACUCGGGGGGACCGUUGACCAUCGAAGAAAACGGUACCGCGCGCUUGGUGGGGUUGGUCGUCGCGAGCGCUGGCUGUUUUCGGCUCAGCAAGCCAGGUCUCUAUGAACGCUUGAGCACUUCUCGUGACUUCAUUGAACCGUACUUGCCGAA